CACAAACCAAUGGCUCAGGAUUCAAGACGCUUGCUUUUAAUCAUAGCAAUAUAGGCGCCUUUCACCGUACAAAACACACGUGAGAACAGCAGAACACGUUGAAACCGAAGUGGCAGUCAAGAGAAGAAAAGCAGCAGAUGGGUUACCCUUGAAAAGGAACAUCGAGUAAAGGCGAAGGUUCUUGCAGAGGCGCUCAGACGUGCGGGUGCUUCUCAGGUCCUGGUCGGCAGAUGGCGCUGUCUCGCCACCGCUUCACCCCGGCACUCGGCUUCUUUCACAUCCGGGAGACUCGUGCGCCUCUUCAGUCCGAUCCGCUCCCCUUCCCUGCCCUCUCGACCGGGGAGGUCCGUGGCUGCGGAAGAAAGCGCCCCCCCGAACUCGGCGUCAGGUACCGGUCCGCCGCCGCGCCGCUGUCCCGCUCCCCUCCCCGCACCGGCCGCUCAUGACGCGGGCACCGCCGCUGGAGGUGCGGGCGCCGAGGGCUCCCAGUCAGUGCGACAUCCCCGCUCUCCGGUAGCAUCGCCGGCUAACGUUAGCUAACAACAGCCGGAGCCCCGCUGCGGUUGAUGGAUUGGUAGCUCGGCUCGGAACCACCGAGGGAUUAAAGCCCCCCUUCCUGGAGUUCUGAUCUGCCGCCCCCCGUGUGGCCUUCCGCGGGUCCUCCCUACCUCAACACCCCGAUGCCUGCCCCGCCUGGACCCUGACCCGGACGCUGCUGCCUCUCGACACCCCCUCUCCUCGUCUCCAAGUGUGGGUGCAGGAGGAAGCGUCGCCGGCUUCUGGUCCACUUCUCACUCCCACACGUCCUGCUGCUUCCCUCGCCAGCUCGCUCCGGAACCUCGGUCCACCUCGGCGAGUCCCGCUCCGCUUCCGAGCCUCGGGUCUCGCCAUGCCGGGUCCGGUGGCCGGCAGCAAGUCCCGUGUGUACGCAGACGUCAACACCCUGAAGAGCCGGGAGUACUGGGACUACGAGGCCCACGUGCCCAACUGGAACAACCAGGAGGACUACCAACUGGUCCGGAAGCUGGGCCGAGGGAAGUACAGCGAGGUGUUCGAGGCCAUCAACAUCACCAACAAUGAGAAGGUGGUGGUGAAGAUCCUGAAGCCGGUCAAGAAGAAGAAGAUCAAACGUGAGAUCAAGAUUCUGGAGAACCUGCGAGGCGGAACCAACAUCAUCCGCCUGGUGGACACGGUCAAGGAUCCGGUGUCCAGAACCCCGGCGCUGGUCUUCGAGUGCAUCAACAACACAGACUUCAAGGAACUGUACCAGAAGUUGACCGACUACGACAUCCGCUUCUACAUGUACGAGCUGCUGAAGGCCCUGGACUACUGUCACAGCAUGGGCAUCAUGCACCGUGACGUCAAGCCUCACAACGUGAUGAUCGACCACCAGUUGAGAAAGCUGCGCCUCAUCGACUGGGGUCUGGCGGAGUUCUACCAUCCCUCCCAGGAGUACAACGUCAGGGUGGCGUCGCGGUACUUCAAGGGCCCGGAACUCCUGGUAGACUAUCAGAUGUACGACUACAGUCUGGACAUGUGGAGUCUGGGCUGCAUGCUGGCCAGCAUGAUCUUCCAGAAGGAGCCCUUCUUCCACGGCCAGGACAACUACGACCAGCUGGUACGAAUCGCCAAAGUCCUGGGCACAGACGAGCUGUUCGGGUACCUGAGGAAAUACCACAUCGAGCUGGACCCGCGCUUCAAAGACCUGCUGGGCCAGCAGAGCAGGAAGCGCUGGGAACAGUUCGUGCAGACGGAGAACCAGCACCUGGUCAGUCCCGAGGCUCUGGACCUGCUGGACAAGCUGCUGCGCUACGACCACCAGCAGAGGCUGACGGCCACUGAGGCCAUGGAGCACCCGUACUUCUACCCGGUGGUGAAGGAGCAGUCGCAGCUCAACUCUGACAACAACCUGGUGUCCAGUGGAAACACGACGGCGCGGUGAAACUCAGAGGCGUCGGCCUGAAGGACGUUUGUUACCUCAACUUUGUACCCGGUUGUGACAGUAACUCUGACAAGUGUACAGUGACAAUGGAACAAAGUGACCAGUUACACUCACACACUCCUCUGUAUCGGUCUGUGAUUGGCUCGCGGGUCCUCAGUCUGACCUCAGAUGACCUCAGCCGUCCCUCCUGAAGACAGUAGUCCUGACCCCGCCCCCUUCAUUGACAUGACCUCUUUGUAUGCAUCAGCAUGGAGAAUGACCAGGAGCCUGUACAAGCCCCGCCCCACCCCUCCCUCCCAGACAGACGUCUUAGCACUACUCCAGUCGAGAGCGCGGCAUGGUGGACUCUAGGUAGAAUGAAGAUGACCAUUAUAAUAUUAAUGACAAAUAAAUGAUUUUUAUUUAGAUGAGCUGCUCGUCUCUUCGCUGUGUCUGAGGCGCGUGUGUGUGUUCCUGAACCUCUGUCUUUGUGAGGACCUGGGUGAGUUUUUUACCAACACAGUGAGGUCCUCACUUUGUCAAGCCUCAGUUUGAAGGUUAAAACUACUAAACAGCUGGGUCACGAUCACUGGGUUUUAGUUGGAGUCAAGGU